UGACGUCAUCGACGCGCGACGUUGGCAAUCCAUUCCUGCAACACUGGAGAGGAAAGAUGCAGGAGGAGGGAAAGAAACGAGAGAAAGAAAAGAAACGAAGACAAUUUGAACGAGAGUCUGGUGAUGGAGAGAAGAAGAGGAGAAGUACAGAGUCCAGCGCGGAGAACCCCAGAGAGAAGCAGGAACUGCAUGAGGUUCCUCAGGAGCCCAGUGAUCUGGAAGAAGGUGGACUGGACCUGAACAAGUUAUUCAAACCCAUCAGCGCCUACAUGCAGGACCGCCAAGAGAUGCUGGAGCAGUGUUUUCAUGUGCUGGGGGAGAAUAAACUCAAAAAGAUGCUUCCUGAUGAACUCAAGGACUGUUCUUUAAACGAAAUAAAGACACUGUGCUGGGAUCAGCUACAGCAGCUUUCUGACAUUCAUCUGCUGGAGAUUUUGGAAGGUAAAGAGUUAACGGUUACGUCAGCUCCUGAAGGGAAGAAUAAACCGACAGACAGCCAACAGGACAGUAUCGUGGAUUCUACAUCUUGUCUGAAAGAAAACCCUGAAGCCGAUGAAAAGCAAGGAUCUGAAGAGGACAGUGACGUUCUGAGCAUCAACGCAGAUGUUGACGACAGCGACAUUGAAGGCCAUAAAGAUGUCAAACCUCAAGAAACGUCAAUCAGACAAGAAGCUCCUCCCCCCACUACGACCGUCCAAUCGGCUGAGCCGAAGGUGCAGCUUCAGCAGGACAUUGACAAAAGCGUCAGUGAGAUUCUUGCUCUGACGUCCUCCGACACUAACAAAGAUCUAACGUCAGCAUCAGGCGAGACAUCGGCCGCUCCGGACAGAUCUGCUCCGGGACAAACGGGGACGCCGUCGGCUCAACAGCUGGAGUUACUUGAGCUGGAAAUGAGAGCGAGAGCCAUUAAAGCCCUCAUGAAAGCCGGUGAGAUGAAGAAACGUGUGAACUGCUAACGGCAUUGAACGUUCGGUGUGCUGCAGGAAACAGCGGCUCAAACUGUUGCCAUGAAAAGUUUCUCAGUUGGUCUUUAAUUUCCAAGCAUCCUGGUCAUGUUUGGCACUGGAACCAGAGGAUAUGUUGCUUGAGAAUUUGCUUUUAUUUGGAUUCAAUUAUUUGCAAAUUUUCUAAUCAGUUUGAAAAACUUAUUUUGAGUUGUAAACACUUUGUGUUAUGUUCUGAAACAUUAAGAGUAUUAAAAAAGUUUUUUUUUAG